AUGUCCAAGAGGUCACGAUCCGACUCCGAGGCGAGCUCCUCCUCGUCGAGCACCGGCGGCUCGUCGGUUGAAGCUCAAACAGCGUCGGUAUCCACAGCAAAGCAUCCUGCUUCUCGCAAUCCUUCUAACAUUGGCUACCGUCCACCACGAGGCUUCGAACGUGUCUCGUUCUCAACGUCUUCGCCUUUCCUUGAAAAGAAGCUCUCCGAUUCGAAGCAGCAGCAGCUCUGGGCGGUACGCAUUCCCGCCGGCGUUUCACCAGCUCAGCUCGACGGAGUUGUUAUCGACCUUCCGCACGAGUCAUGCGACGUGCAAACUGCAUCUAAACCACUUGGAACCAUCUCGGUACCGACAUCUACUUGCACAGACGCUGCUACGUACAACUUUUACGCCUCGGUACCAUCAGCGCUCAAGGGCAAAUCCAAGAAGUCUCAAUCGAGCGCGGAUUCGCAACUCAUUUGUAUGGCCUUGGAAAGUGCAUCUGUUCAGAGUGAAGACGACAGGGUUGCAGCUGGCGUAGGAGCGGCAUCAGAGUUGAAGAGUUUGCACUUGCUCGUUCCUGCAGGUGAUGGGAAUGAGGUGGGAAAACUCGUCAUGGCACCUGUCAAGAUUUCGAGAUGCAUUCAUCUGUCGAUCGCUUCGCCAGCAGAAACGAGCAGGGCGCAAAAAGUAAAGGAGACGAGCAACACGUUUGAAGAGAAAAAGUUGCCGCGACAGCCUUGGCAUCUGCUAAAAGGAAACUUCCAGCCCGCCGGUAGCCGAAGCAACACAGCAUCCGAAUCAGCAAGCCAAGUCACGGAGCAGAAGAAAGAGACGAAACGCAAGGUCAAGUCCGAGGACGAUAACAAGUCGAAAAAGUCCAAGAAGGUUUGA